UACGUUCGCGUCGUAUUGUUGGGCAGUGGUCGACCUCGUGGUCAUCCGACCCUGUGUUUUUUUAUUAUUAAUAUUUAAGUUGGGCUGAAGCCGCUAAUAUUAUUUGCAUAGCAGUUGCACACUUGUGUACCGUCGUAAACUUUGAGAUAGUCGGAGUUUGCCUUUUUAUGUCUUACACCUCGAUCACGGUUAAAAUAAAAAAUACUGAACUAAACCAAGCGCUCUCGAAUUUCUACCUUUUCAACGUUUCAAACGUUGGCGUUUAUUCUGCAAAACGUUUUUCGCUAUUGGCGGUUGAAAGUAAUAAGAUGUAAUGGGGACACUGGUCUGCUAAUUUAUAUGUUAUUUUCACGGUCUUAGAUUAUUUACUAGUUCCCCGUUACAGAUCCACCCACCGCGCCGGCCUGAUCGUUGAUAAGCUUUCAAUUGCCAAUAGAAUUUCCUCCUAUAUUUAGUAUUUUAGUCAUGGUGUGAACCAUCUUUGUCCGUGCCGCUAGUCUGGCUCUCUAGACGUCUAACAGUAUGGCACAGCAUUAUGUGGCCAUUAAAGUGGUUUCCGUAAAAAACUUUCCAACAGUAUUUAUAUUCACAAGUUUUGAAUUCGUUUCUUUUCCACAUAAUUAUUCUCAGGUAUCCAUCUAAGUUUAUAUGCUGGGUGAAAACAAGACGCCAAUAUAGCUUUAUUCACAUCAGGUGAUAAGUCAAAAAACAAUUUAAAACGUUUUUCGUCUCUAUAUUUUAAUAAUGAAUUCCAUCUAUAUUUAUAAUUGGGAAUGAUAUUUUAACAUUGGUUUUCAAAUAAAAGCGCGAAAUAAUUGUAUAACUUUUUUCAUAAUAUAACCAUAGAAUUUUCUAUGAUAUAACAAGGUGUAUUGAAGGUGUAUAAUUGUAUAUGAUUGUAUGUAUCAAUACACCUUGGAUAUAACCACUAUUAUACUAUUAUACUAUUAUAUGUUUCGUGGAACUAAUAUUUUUUUUCAUAAUAUCUCUAAUCUUCAUGGUUAUGACUAUAGAUAAUAUAAGAAUGGAUAGAAGAUAGAACGCAUGUUAUACAGUUUCUUAUAUUAUCUAUGGUUAUGACGUCUUAUGACAACAGAUACGUGAUAAGGGAGGAAUAAUAUUAUUAAUCUAUAAAAAAGAUAUACUUAAUAAGUAUAGAUAUAAAAGAUAUAAAGUCAUAACAUAUUAUUUUAACUUCUUGAAUCUUGAGUCGUGUGAAUAAUUUUCAAUAUUCGGCGAGUGACGACGACAAGAAAUAAUGACUACUUUCUUGAAAACCUUAUUGUUGAACAGUAGAAAAACUUCAGCGUUGUGGCCUUCUUAUUUUAAUUUAUCGACAAGAUCGUUCUGCGCCAAACCACUAAUAUCCGAGGAGAGUAAUUUCCACCAAAAUGAUUUGGCGUCUGUUACUGUUCAGAAUGAAGAACUGGAUAAAUUAUACAAGACCAUAGAAUUUGAAUGUCGUAGCAACGAUCGUGCAGUAUUACGGAGUUACACUCAAUUUGCAACAAUGGCUGCAAAUGAACUAGGGAUUCAAAUCGGUAAAUGCUGGUCCCCACGUAAAGCUCACCACGAACGGUACACAUUAUUACGUUCUAUUCACGUCCAUAAAAGGUGUAGAGUACAGUAUGAAGUAAGGACAUGGUUUAGAUUCAUUCAUUUCCAUAAGCUUACUGGUUCUACUGCAGAAACCUUUUUGGAGUAUGUUCAAAGAAAUUUACCAGAAGGAGUUGCACUUAAAGUAACCAAAGUACUUCUAGAAAAUAUUCCUGAAAGUGUUUCAUCUCAUAUGUCUUCGGAAAUAGUUUAAAUGAUAUAUCAUAAUAUAUUACUCUUAGUUUUUAAUGGUGAAAAUAAAUUUUUUUUUAUGUAACAAUUUCUAUAUAGUAAAAUCUGUAAAUUAAAUUUGACUAAUUUGAAUUUGAUUAUUAUUGUUAAUAGGUGUUCAACUAUGAACACUGUUCAUAUAACAGUAAAAUAUAUCAAAUAUUAUUACUUAUACAAGUA